GCGCGCACGUCCUUUUGAGCUUCAUACUAGGGCGGUUCAAGUUGUGUGUGGGCAGCCUCGCAGUUUGGCGGGAACUACGCGCGGGAAAACUAGCCUGCUAGUUAUAAAAUACUUUUUAAAAUUAUUAUAUUAGACGCCAGAGUUACACAAGUUACAAAUUAUUGGCACAUAAUAAAAAUAUAUUUUCUAUUUAUUAAUUCAAAGUUCGUUCUGUUUAGAAUAUUCCGAAUAUUUGACAAUGACUACGCUUCUGAGGAAGAUGUGGAGGACCCAUACCAAGCAUAAAAAGCUAAGUGAGGAAUGGGCUCUGGCGGAAUGCGAGGGCGAGGGUUGGUGGCGGGAGGCGCGGGAAAUCGGCAGAGGGCACGGUGAGGUGCGGUACGCGGGAGCGGCGCCCGUCGAGCGCGCCGCCUCCGCGCCCGCCACCGCGCUCGCUGUCACCUCUGCUCUACACACCGCUAACAGGACGAAAAAGAAGCUGCAGAGGGUGAACCUCGAUAUCAGCCCCAAAGGGAUCAUAGUGACAGACGCUGACUCACAGGAAAACGUUAUGAGCGUAUCAAUAUACAGAAUCUCGUAUUGUUCAGCGGACGCGGCCAACGCUCGCGUGUUCGCGGUGGUGGAAGGCAAGAGCGGAGGUGGGAGCGGGGGCGGAAGCGGGGCGGGGGAGACGCACGUGGCGCAUGUGUUCGUGUGCGCGCGCCGCAGGCACGCGCGCGCGCUCGCGCUUGCGCUCGCGCACGCCUUCAAUGACGCCUACCAGGAAUGGCAAGCAAACCAAGCCAGCUCUUUACACAACCCUAGCAGCAACAGGGUGAAUCCAUGGGUCCAGUUCGCAGAGGAGUCUGAUGACGAAGUGGAAGGUGAUGGUGAACAGUGGGACACCGCGCCGCCGCUCGUCACUUUUGCUUGAACCUCAUCAUUUUCUGCUUGUUUGUAAUCUAUUGUCUAUAUAAGUUAUAUCUGUGAGUGUCUUGUUAGCUUUUGUGUAACGUGAAGUUUAUUUUAAGUGCCAUUAUGACUGUUAUAUAUUAAAAAAAUAACAUAUAGAAUUUAUCGAGAUAUUUUUCUACUUAGGAUAAAUUUAAUUUUAAUGUGUAGAUAGUAUUCGACUUAUAAAAUUUUAGUUAAGCAUUGUUUAAAUCAUGUUUAUCAAUAGAUUAAAUAUUUGAAUGAAAA